GGGAGGCCGUCGAGCGAGCGGAUCCGAUAUGAAAAAGCGUUGCUUCUCGUCGCCCACGGAGCAGCAUAGUCUGGAGCUAGAGCGUCUUACCGAGGAGAACGAGGCCCUUCGCGCUCGUCUCAGGGACGUGGCGCAUUCCCCGCUGUCAGAUUCGGAGAAGCAGCAGCUGCUGCUGGAUGCCUCGCGGCUCCACAACUCUGCGCCAGCCUCCAUCGCCAUCCCCCAGGAUGACGGUUCUGGGCACAACACCAGUACGCCUCAGGAAGGGGCCCAGUGCACCACGCCGGACUGGGACAAGCACUCGUCCAGCUCGAUGUCCGAGGUUUCGGUUGCGUGCUUGCAGGACAGGAUCCUACAAAUGGAGGAAACGCAUUAUUCCACGAACGAAGAGUUGCAGGCGACCAUUCAGGAAUUGAGCGACUUGCAGGCACAACUGACGGAAUUGCAAGCGGAUAAUGAAAGGCUAACCGAGGAGAAGGGCGUACUUUUGGAGUCAUUGUGCCGUCAGACGGAGAAGCUGGAAGACUCUCGUUCCAAGGUUGACACCUUGCAAGGGCUACUUUUAAGGGAGGAACAGCCGCAGGAGGCGUCCAAGGGUUAUAAUACAGAAAGGGAACAGAAGCUUGUAGACCUCCUGAAAAGUGCGCAAGAGGAACGAGAGACUCUACUUCAAAAGCAGGAAGAGCUGACGAGCGAGCUGAAGAAUCUGAGAGCGACCGCCGACGCGGGUGCGGCAGAGACCGAGCGUCUGACGAAAUGCGUCGAGUUGCUGGAGGCGUCGAUGGACGCGAUGAACGUCGAGCGAAAGCAGUUGGACAUGGAGCUGGCGGAAGCCAGGCAGGAGGGCGCGAAUCGCAGUAUAGAGAUCAGUAGAUUGGCGACUCUGUUGGAGAACGCGCGGGCGAAGAUCGAGGAGCUGGAGCAGUCGAGGCAGCUGGAGAACAAGAGCGAGGCCGACGAGCUGUUGGACGCGGCCAGAAGAGAGAAGGACACGCUCGAGACGCAGGCGGCGGCGUUGCAGGAACAGUUGGCACGUUCGCAUUGCGAUCACGAUCGAUUACGGGAUCAGUACUCGCAGCUUCAGGAAGAAUAUAAAGUUGCUCGAAACAACGCGAAGUCCGCCAUAGACGAUUUGGAGUACAGGCUGAAUCAGCUGAAGGACGAGCGACUGUCUGUGAGCACGGAACUGCAGCUCGUUCGGGACUCUCUGGCGGAAUUGCAGACGCAAUGUCAACGGCACCUGGAGGAUAAACGGGAGCUGAAAGCCGCGUUGAGCGAGGCGCAGCGGAGGGAACGCGAGGCGCAGACGCGCCAGUACGAGCUGGAGCGCGCGCUGGCCGACGAGCGUAAGCUGAGGCAGGAGGAGAGCGCGGAGUGGGAGCAAUUCCAGACGGAUCUGCUGAUGACCGUGCGAGUGGCCAACGACUUCAAGACCGAGGCCCAGAGCGAGCUGGAGCGCGUGGUCAUGGAGAACAAGGCGCAGAGAGAUAAGCUGAGAGCGCUGGAGGCACAGCUCGAUAAACUUAACAAAGAUAGCACUGUAGUGAGUUGCAAGACGCUCGAUGUCGCUAACGGGAAUAAAGAGAGAAUGGCGAGCGUUUUGCUAAAGCGUGGUCGGAUGAUUCUAAAGAAGCGUUACGACGCGAGAAAGCACGCGUUGCGAAAUAGCUUGUUCAAAGCGACGAUGAGCGGCAGGGAGUCGAAUAAAGCGAGGCUCGAGGACGAGGCCGAUACCGCGAAUCGAAACGGACUACUCGGUUUGCCGAAUAACGACCUGGUGGCUACCACGGCGGCGGGCGCGCCGGCACUCAAGGAGGCUGUCAAAUUGGAGGACAAAUUGAUUUCCGGCGAGGAGAUUGAAUUCUGUCCCGCGUAUCCCAUCGACGGCCAGCAUGCCGAGUGCGUCACAAACGGAGCGGUCGAGCGUCCGGCGAACGAGAAUUCGGGACCGUCAACGGUCCCGAAGAACGACUCGUUCAAGUUCUACUUGAACAACUUCGAAUCGAAUGCGACUCACAAUCCGUCCGACAAAUCGCCAAUAAUCGCGGAAGAUUAUCCGAAACUGUACAUCACCGUGACGGACACGUCCGAUAAAAAUGCGAUGGCCAAGAGUUCCUUGCUGAAGGGUAUUCGCAGUAUUCAAAACGCCAACGGAGACUCGUACGGCAUUAACAUUUCGAACAGUCGAUUCUUCGUGCCGAAGGACUACAUCUUUUCCGGCGUGGAGACCGCGAUGAACGACCUGAAGUUCGAGGUCGAUCCGGAGAUGGGGAGGCUGUUGCAGAGAAGUUACAGCGGUCCGCAGAUCAGCACGAGUUUGCCCACUCUAGUCAAUAUCGAAGCAAGCUCGUCGUUCUCGGAUAACAGAACAGCAACGGCGGAAACUCUGACCGUGCCGAACGACUCGACGAAACUGCGCGUAGAUCCGGACCUUAGGUAUGUAAAAUCGCUUUCAGAUUCCGUGUGUUUGAAAUUUAAAGAAAGCGAUAAGGCUGAGCAAAGGCAGAGGCUGUUUUCGAAGAGACCUGAAGAGUCAAAAUCGAGCUGCGGGAUAAUUGAUUCUAAUCCGGAUGAGGCGACUUCGAAAUCAAACACGAUCGCAGAUUCACAAAUUAAAAAUUAUGCAGAGUCAUCAGAUAAAUUUGACAAUCGUCGUACGAUGCAUGAAAACGAAGAAAAGUCGCAGGGAACGAGACAUGAGGAUCGUGAAUUUUUUUUGUUAAAAGCGUCUGGCUUAAAAGAUGAAACAGCAGGAGAGACAGCAUGCAAUAAUCAGUUGUGGACAGCAAAGCACGUGAUCAUCGAUAAUGACCAGAUUGCGAUGAAAUCUUCAUAUCUUAAUGCUAUGCCAGGGGAUAGAAAAGUUAUUGACACACCCGAAGAAUCGAAUUUACCAAAUUCAUCUAAUGAAACUAUCGAAAUAAGAUCAAAGAGUUCUACGAGGAAUAUAAAUAUCGAAUAUGAGAAAAUAAAGAGUUCGCAUGAUAUAUUAAGCGCUCCUCUAUUGAGGCGGAAAUCGUAUCCGCUGUUAACGCCCUCGGAAAUCGAGUACAAGUCAAGACAUCACUCGUCGAUUCCAAUCGUUUCAUCGGACACGCCAAGCAGAAUUUUAAAUAUUCAUUCGGGGAGAGAAGCGGAGAUUUCGGAGCCGAUCGCGGAGUCUUCCGUCAAUCAGGAAAAGCAAUUCGGAUCUUCGGCGUGUGACGAACAGUUGCAUGGAUCAAAGCGCUCGAACGCAAGCGAGAGGAAUCGAUUGAAUCGCAUGAGAUUCCUGCAGGGUAGCAUACAGGCAAACGAGAACGAUUCUCAGGAGGUCGAGAGCGCGACGAGCGAGGAGCCCGAGGUGUCGCAAAGUAAUGCGGACUUGGGGUCAUUUCAACCCCCGCCGAUCGGACGGACGUCAUCCUUGAGAGAAAAGUUUGAGACGAUCGAAGAGGACGUGGAAUUGAAGACACUGUCGAAACGGCGCCGGCAUACGAGCGAGUCUUGCGACCCUAAUCAAAAGGUGAUACAACAACCGCCCACGAGGCCGGCCACCACACCGACGGAGACUCAGCAGUCCGUGCUGACGAGCGUGCAACAGGAGAUCGCCGCUCGUAGGAAGGCGAACAUUUCGCGUCAGGACUCGAGGCUUUCCGUAAAGUGUCUGAUCGAGAGCAUCGAAAAUGCCACGAAGCAAGCUAAAGCCGGACCUGGAAGUCGCAGCAGCUCCACAUCGUCUCUGAAUUCUAUUGGCACUACAGAUAUCAUGUCUUUGAAGGCUCCCCUCAGGGACCAGCAGCAAAUCAACAAUUUAAUCUGCACGGCGAAUUCGACAAAUAACAAUAAAACGCAAUCUACAAUCACAAAGAAACCGGUAUCAGAGACGAAGUCAACGCCUGUGGUUUUGAGUCCGGGCGAGCUGUUGGACUCGGCCGCUUUGAACGCCAAGGCGAUCGACUUCGUGCGCCGGAACAGCGUCACCGAUCUGUCGGAGCGCAAGGAUCCCCUGUGCGGAUUAGUCAAGAACGGCGGGUCCAAGCGUAACGCCUUGCUCAAGUGGUGUCAAAACAAAACGAUAGGCUACCGGAAUAUCGACAUAACUAACUUCAGCAGUUCCUGGAACGAUGGCCUGGCGCUGUGCGCGAUUCUGCACUCCUAUCUGCCGCGUAAGGUACCAUACGACACGUUGACGCCGGUCGAAAAGCGGCGGAACUUCUCGAUCGCCUUCUCUGCUGCCGAGAGCGUUGGCAUACCAACUACUUUGAACAUCGGUGAAAUGUGUCAACUCGAGCGACCUGAUUGGCAACAAGUCAUGACGUACGUGACUAGCAUUUACAAGCACUUCGAAACGUAACCAAUCACCGUUCCGUUGGACUGCCUGUCAAAGCGCGGCACGUGCUACUGUUGAAAAGCGCUCGGCGUUGCGAGGCGAGCGUGAAAGAACAAUAGCAUCUAGUCAAGCAAAUCUUACGACGAGAAGAGGAAAGCUAAUGCAGCAAGAAAGAUUCUGAAAACAUUUUUGUCGCAAGGAUCGCUGGAUCACAGCACUGCCUACCUAAUUAUAUUCCCCCUCCCCUCUCUACGUGUUGUAUAUAGUUUCGAAUCGAAGAAACGUACGAGCCGCUCGAGUACAUGCAAAGAGUUCGAUGGAAGACCAAAACACCAAAUGGAAUUGCCGUUACUAUGAGACUGAAAAAAGAAACACAUAUAUAUUUGCAUAUAUAUGGACACGUAACACACACACACGCACACGUAUACGUGGCGUAUGCGCUUUGUAGGGCACGAGCGAAUUUCGGGAAGAGAAUUUUUUGUAUGUCGAAUGAGAAAGAGGAGCUAAAGUAAAGUCGUACGUAAGCUUCGUGAAUUGUAUUGCCUUCUGCAGACGAAAAUAAUCGCGUAUAAACCGCACGCGUGCGCGGUGUUCCUCAAAGGCGCAGCCUGGCGUUACGCGUAAAAGAGUACAUACACACACACACACACAUACACACACACGCAUUGCCUCUGCAUCGUAGUCUUUUGCACCGUUCUUGCAAAGAGUUAAAAGAAAAAUCGGAAAUCGAGUAUUUGCGUUCCUCUCGUACCGAAAUAUUUUUGUACGUGUAUUAUUUUUCGAGAGACUUUUUGUAGAGUUUACAAAAUACGAAUGUACAGAACAAAGCGCCUUAAUUUAAGAGAAUCUAAUUUAUUGCAAUUAGUCGCAUUUAGUGCUCCUACCAAGCCGAGGAGAGAGGUCCGUCCCCUCCCCUACCCUCCCCUGUAUUCCCCGAGAGAAUCGUUUUGCGUUUCUAUUCUUGUUAAGAAAAAAAAGAAAGAAAGAAAGAAAAGAGUUCUGGAAGGAACAAUUAUGUCGAAAGAUUAAGUUCUCUGUGAUAUAGCAAGAUAGCCCCGAGACAGAGAUACAGACGUUAUCGUUAUUGCUACUAUUAUACUAUUAUUCGCUAUUAAUAUCGUCCUCAUCAUCGUUGUUGUACCAUUGUAGACAAUACGAAUAUUGCUGUCUGAUGUAAAACAAUAAACUUGCCUAAUGGAUAUUUAA